AUUUCAUGGCGUGAUCGAACAAUUGCACGCACAUCUUGCACAGAACACGGGAGCCUUGUGCAACGCAGGCGGGGGUCAUCGCUUACUGUACGCCUGAGCUCGCGCCUUGCACCUUACGCGCCGCAGCGAGUUGUUCAAGCGAGUUGCUACGCGUGAAGAAGCAAUCAUGACAGCUUUCUUUGCUAUCGCUUUGCUGUGCACAGCUUCGUUAACGCACGCGAUGUCAACCAUAACGAGGAUCGACAGCUCCCUCAACGAAAUAGCUCCUUCAGGCGGCAGGGUGCUUCAGGGAGGCAGCUUGCUCAAUGACGCUCCGGUGGAAACCACGGUGCGCAGUAACGACGUGGGCGUCCCUAUGGGUGGAGGAUUGGUGGGUGAUCUUCUCCUCAAUAGGUUUGGAGCUCCCCACGUGCGGACGCACGCGUACACCCAAGUAAGCGGCGACGGCAGAGUGAGGCGCACCACUCAUACGACUUCCAUCGUCGGUGGCGCCGGCGUUCCUGGCAGUCCGGCCGGCGCUACACUGCGAAGAACAGAGACAACCUACCAAUCGCCCUUUGGUCCGCAUCGCACAGGAAGCUUCUUACUCACCUGGGGGGGCCCCUUGGGGGCGCCCAGUUCGGGUUUCUCCACUGCGACUGCUUCCCAGAGCAACUGGCCACCAAGCGGUGGAUUUCACUACACUUUCCACGGUUCCUACCCUCCGGGUGGUUUCGGUUAUUUCCAAAAUAUUUUCCAUCCUUUUAUUGGCUACGGCUACGAGGGGCACCAGAAUGGCGGCUACGGCACUGGCUACGGAUCUGGCUACGGAUCUGGCUAUGGCUCCGGCUACGGCUCUGGCUACGGCUCUGGAUAUGGCUCUGGCUACGGACUUGGACACAGCAACUACAACGUGUACCCAGGAUUCGGCGGUUACGCUUACAGAGGUUAGCCCCAGACCGAGUAGCUUGCGAUGCUCGCAUUUGGCCGUAGCCGUACACCGCUUACAACAAAGGGGAUAGCCACAAAGACACUUUGAAAGGAUUGUUCAAUGAACUGAUAGAGUCAUCGAGCACGUUGCUUUGAUUUUAUAUGAAAUAAAAAUAACGUUAAUUCA